GUCAUGUGCAAUCGGUGUCGGAUUCCGAAGCCCGGUGGCUGGAGUGCCUCACCUGUGGCAAGCAAGCCAGCCAGAGAGAUGCGGCCUGGGGACUGGAUUUGUCCAUCGUGUGCCAACCACAAUUUUGCCGAUAAGUUGUUUUGCAACAGGUGUAACCAUCCGAAAGAGAAGGCAGGCGAAGUUCCGGGCUCGGGGCCUGAUCUGCAGCCGCCGACCCAAGCGUGGAGAUUCCGGCAGGGCGAUUGGAUGUGCCCAGCGUGUGGCAACCACAACUACUCAAGCAGGACAGCUUGCAAUCGAUGCAACGCGCCGCGGCCGAGUGGCAGCGACGAAGUGAGCGGAUCCUAUGGUGCUGCGCCCAAAGGGGGGCCAAAACGCGAGUCUCCGUAUCAAGCACCAG